GUAAUAGCAGGCCAUCGCGUUAACCACUCCGCCAAAGUGCCUCGAUCGUAUUGGAUGACAGAAUCUUGUCUUAUUUAGUAAUAUUUAAGUGUGAAAAAUUGAUGUACUGCGACCUUGACCCACAACCCAAGCGAGUGAACCAAGGUUGUCAGUGGACUGCCCCGCUGAACAUAUUGCCCACACGCUCCUGAGGGUCUGCAACUGUUGGAGGUAGUAAAGGAUUGACCUAGACUUGUAUGUUAAACUGAAAUAUUUCAAAGGAGCAGGCAACUCGAGGGUCAAUGGCAGUUGCACGCGUUGUGUGUUGCGACUGCUGAGCAAAGAUGAGCGAGGAGACAAGAGUGAGCAAGAAGGUUCCCCUCAGUGCACUGAGGCCUACUUUGCGAAUUUUUCUGUUUUGAGGACAUUCCCUUUUCUCUAUUGAGAACUUCAAAGUCGAGAUUCCUGUUAUGUUUGAGGCCAAUAAUUUCAUUUAUUAGAGCCUAAAUUGCUCGACUUUGUUCGUCUGUCUGGCCACACACCGAGACACUGUAACCGGCACACCAAAAACCUCGCUUGUUCCAACUGGCGUCAAGACAGAAGUCCAGGCUUGGAUUUUGGGGACUAGGUAUUUCUGACGGUAAGGGCUUUCAGACGUGAAAAGGCCUUUUCGGCGAGUGCUGUAUUGCUGGUAAUUUCCAUCCAACAUGCUAGGAUGCGCCCCUUCACGAUUCUGGCUGACCACAGUUGUGUUGUUCAACGUAAUUGCUUAGAUUUGCGACAUUGUAUGAACCACUUUUCAUCCUACUGUACUGCAUACCUGGGUGCGAAAGUCUGACAAGAUCUCAAUCCAUUUUCCGGCUGCAAGUACACGUGUACAUCAGCUGACUGGUAAAAUGGUGGCUGUGUGAUGGCAGCCUGCCCAUGCCUCAACUUCCAGAUCAAAACAUGUCAAUAUUAUUGUCUGCGGUCAGCAUGCCUAAAGACGACGAUGAUCAACUUUGCGAUCACUGUAGUGUAAUUUCCAAAUCUCUUGGGUCAAAUAGCUCAGAAGUUGUCAAAGUGCGACACCACGAAACCUACCAAGCUUCCUUAAAGACGGCACACGAUUGUCCGCUCUGCUGCCUGAUUGUUCAAAGUCUAAAGGAAUAUCGGGAUGGAAUAGUUAGCAUUCGAUGUAUCUGUACUAACGAGCUCAAGAUUCGUGUAGAGUAUGUUCAGGAUUUGCGGAAUGGAGCUCUGGUUCCUGAUGCGGAAGAUCUAUAUUUUGAGCUUUUUCGAAGCAGAUGUAAGAGGCCUUUCAAGACUCUUAUUGAACGAGGCUAAGUUCUUCAGACACUCCAGACCAUUCGGACCACGGGGUUUAUGGCAAAUCAAUAUUCGAAGACCCCGUGGAAGCAGUGACAUGCGUCGCGCUACCCUGGAUCUCGGAUUGCCAGAAGAGCCAUGUCAAAUGUCAUCAAACGGAACAAGGAUAUCUACCAACCCGUGUUCUGGAUGUAGGUAAGGACGGUGACAACGUCAACCUACGUGAAGCGAGAGAUAUAUCUGGAAGGUACGCGGUUCUCAGCCACUGUUGGGGGAUUGAACGGGCCCUAAUCACGACAACCGCGAGUAUCGAACAGCAUAUGAAAAAUAUUCCGUGCGAUGAAUUGCCAGCGAACUUUCGAGACGCCGUCAAAAUAUCUAGGUUACUAGGCAUCAGAUACCUCUGGAUCGACUCCCUCUGUAUCAUUCAAGACCAACUUUCGGAUUGGGAGCAUGAGAGUGCGAAGAUGCAUGAAUACUACAAGAACUCAUACGUCACGAUUGCAGCGCUGGAUUCAAAGAAUAGUUUCUCUGGAAUGCUGCAUCGGCGAGACGUACCCUCUGUCCAGCUCCCGGGAUCUGAAAACCUUUUCUUGCGUCUGAAGAUCCCAACAGCACGCUCCAUAUAUGAGAAGUCGAUAUUAGAGUCCCGAGCCUGGUGUCUCCAAGAGCGGCUACUCUCCACCCGAGUAAUACAUAUGGCGAAGUCAGAGAUCCUUUUCGAAUGCCGUACAGGCCACCAGCGCGAGAGCAGUGCCCGGAUUGGAGAUAGCGUUGCCACAGAAGGCUUCUACAAAUUUGGACCCGACAGACUGAAACGAGCUUUGGACAAUCUGGAAACUGAUCCUGAGUCCGCUGAGAAAGCACCAGAUUUUUGGUACAGUCUUGUCGAGCAAUAUUCGCGAAGGAAUUUGACGAAUCCAGGUGAUAUGCUUCCAGCGAUUCUUGGCGUUGCCGAGCAGAUCAGAGAAUAUACCGGACUGAGCUAUAUGUAUGGUCUGUGGAAAGAAGAUUUGGCGAGAGGCCUCUUGUGGACAAAUUGGGGAAGCCGUAUCAACAUGAGCGACGUGCAAAGCCACCAAACCGGGGCUCCAAGCUGGUCAUGGGCGGCUAUGACAGGAUACAACAAAUGUUGGCCCAUGUUACCGCCACCACUGCUUCGCAACAGACUGGACUGGGGUGUGGGCACAUCCUCUGACCGAGAGCUUGUCCUUCGAUGUCGAUGUAUCUACGUCUACCUGCAAAAAUCACAUUCCCAUCCUGUCCGGGCUUCCAAGCAAAAUUCGGACACUGCCAACGUUUCCCAAGUUUACUACAAUGAGUCUCACAACGCAAGGCCAAGCUCAGUCCUGGGUCGUGGAAAUAGAAUUGGGUGGAUGCUUGCUGAUAUGGAAAUAGACCCCGCCAAUUUGACUCAAUGUAAAGCCUUGGAAAUCAUUGGGGCUGAUUUGAAGCACCUAGACGAGCCAAAAGGUGGAGGAGAGAAUGACAGCAAGGAGGAAGCCGUAGCUUCUGCCAAAGUGUGGUUCUUGGUUGUCGUGCCCCAUCCAGAUAUUGUUGGCUGCUGGAAGCGAGUUGGGCUUGGCAUGUCUGUCGAUGCCAGCGGCCAAUUUGACGAUGCUUCCUUUGCCGACGCAAUCAAGCCUGAACUGAUCUUCGAAGGUGGUAAUCUAGAGUCAACAUCUCUGAUAUGAAUUUAGAUCGAUCUUUGGACUAAAUCAAUUGAUAGAACGGCUGGGCUGGGUUAAUCUACUCAAAUUUGUUGAGUCUUCUUAGCCUCUCGAGUCUCCUGAUUGAAUACCGAAGUUCCGAAUUUAUCGUUCCUAUAAAUCUAAAAAUCUCAGUUCCUUCGUUAGUGUUUGCAAGGGAAUGGUCUGAUUAAGAUCAAGGACAGCAACCUCAAUCGCUAUUCUUUCUUCG